AUGGCGAAGGUCAAUCAAACAGCGGUGGACAACACUGUUCCAGAGGAUGAAAUAAUUAGCGACGACCUUCGGGUUGUUCUGCUGACCAUUAACUUCUGUUACAUCUGCCAGUUCAUCGAUGUCAUCGGGACAGCAACAAACAUCGUUAACAUUAUUUGUUUUAUCAAGCAGGGUUUUAGGGACACCGUUAACAUUAGUCUGUUUGCCUUGUCGGUGGCUGACCUGAUCUGUCUCCUGGCCCUUCUUUUGAACAACAUCCUCCUCAACCCAUUGAUCUACGACUUACCCUUCUUUCCCUUUGAUCCGUUUGAAAUCGUCUACAUCACCGCUUUCUGGCCACAUGUUGUUUUUGCUCGCAUCAGUGCCUGUAUCACAGCUUUUAUUUCUACUGAACGAUGUCUGUGUGUUGCGUUUCCUCUUAAG